AUGAUGAAGGAGGACUCCAAGGUUAAGUGGGGAAACCUAAUUGGCUAUGUCAUCGUCCCUUUCACCAUUGCUCUGCAAGAAGAUCCAUUGAGUUAUGUUCUUGAAGCUAAAGCUGUUAUGGAUCGAAAGAAACUGUCAUUUGAAGCUAUAACCACUUAUGUGGUCUCUAAGUUCAUACUCAAGAUUUUCGGAGUAAAGGCAGCUGCUGCUGUGACACACAAACUUGUUUCCAACACUACAAUGGCUUUCUCAAAUGUUGUUGGUCCCCAAGAGGAAAUUAGUUUAUAUGGCCAUCCCUUAGCUUACAUUGCUCCCACUUUUUAUGGCCUCCCAUAUGAAAAAUACUCUUAG